AUGGCCAGCCUCAUGGUAGCAAAUUGCUCCAUACGGCUACAAGCUUGCCAUUCCAGUAGCUUCCUGCGCGGCAAGGCCCACAGCUGCAAUAGGGAGAACCAAUCUGAUUGUGGCAAAACAGGCAAGAUGUAUCCUCAAUACCAUUGCUCCCCUCCUGUAACUGGCAAUACCCAGGCAACCAUGACUAUCAAUAGCUUUGCUGAAGGUGGUGAUGGUGGGGCCCCCUCAGAGUGUGACAACAAAUACCAUAGUGAUAGUGAAAUGGUUGUGGCCUUGUCUACAGGGUGGUAUAGUGGUGGUAGCCGAUGCCUGAAUAAAAUCAGGAUAAGUGCCAACGGCAGAUCGGUAUUGGCUAAGGUUGUCGAUGAGUGUGAUUCGGUAUAUGGGUGUGAUUCUGAUCAUGAUUUUCAACCACCAUGUCCCAACAACGUAGUGGAUGCUUCUCCAGCCGUGUGGAAGGCGUUGGGGAUACCUAAAUCUCAGACCGGCGAUUAUACUAUCACAUGGUCGGACGCGUGA